CCUUUUAAUUCAAUAAAAGAGAACCAAAAUGAGCUCGGAUGAUAUAGAUAGUACGAACAGGAAUGUAGUGGUGUGGUCAAGCGAGUGGCCGUACGUCAAACAGGGCGUUUCGCAGGUUCGUCUUUACGUCGUCCGAAAGGUGUGUAGGAUGAGCAAUUUUUUAGAUAUUUCCGGUCGUAUUUCGACGGGAAGAAAGUUCACAAACGCCACAAACGAAUUAGCUUCUUCACAGAUGAAUAUGGUAGGCAAAACAAUGCGUGAAAAGAGAUGGAAGAUGCCUGCGAUGGGUAUUAUCACGUUGAGUCUAUUUGUCACGGCAAAGAGUUCGCCGUGGGGGAUGUACAUAAUGCUGCGUAAUGGUUUUCUGACUGCAGCAAUUAUGACGGUAGGGAUAUUUCCACGAGAAAUUGUAAGGCUUUUUAUUUCUCCCCCGUCUCCUUCCUCUCCUCCUCCAUCUCCCUGUUAAGAUAAGGUAAUUCUUUAUUAUUAUUAUUCCGAGCGAUUUGUUUUUGAUUGAUAAUCAAACAGAAAAAGAGAUGUGGUUAUAUAUCAAAAGUUUUAAAUUUUGAUCGCCACGUUGAUUUAUGUCCCCCCUUUAUUGAGGAGGUAUUCCGUUUGGUUGCUUUAUCCAAUACAUGAGCGCAACAUUUUUUUUGGGAGGGGAUAGGUGAAAUUAGCCGUAAGCGGCUUUUUCACAACUGCUGAGAAUGAGCAAGGUAUAGAGGACUUCUGUGUAUCCCCAUCUCUCUGUGAAGAGGUCUAUAUUUACUA